GUUCGGUAACGGCGGCAUCACACGUCGUACAUCUAUUUCCAUCCCCGGCGCCACCGCCGGCGAUCCCGAGGCCUUUCCAGACCAUGGACAGCGGAGGCAACCAAAGCCCACCAGUGUUUCUGACAGAGGCAAAGGUCGGGCGGCAUGUGUACCCCACGCCUGAGCUCGCCGACGUCGAGCCGAUCGUGUCCGGGGUGUCACUGAUGUCGCAAUCGACGCUGCUGCUCAAGAAGCGCAAGGAGCUGCGCGAGAUCAACGACGCGCUCGACUUUAUGAAGGAAGAAUACGCACAGCGCGUCGAAACGUGCGCGGAGCGGCAGCGUGAGUUCGAGCGCAAGCAGGACGAGAUGCGCGAGCAAGUCGCCAAGUUUGAAAAGUUCAUCAAAGAAAACGACUCGAAACGAACGCGGGCCGAGCUCAAAGCCAAGACGGAGCACCGAUCGGCAGAACAGAACGACGUUCGAAAGAAGCAGCUCGUGCUCCAGCUCGACAAGGACGUGGCGACCCGCGAAUCGCUCGAGAAGCGGCGAGACCAGCUCCUCAAGUACCGAACGUACUUGGACUCGGCCGUCGACGCAUCCGAGCAGGAAUACGAGGAAAUUGCAGACAUUUUAAACCGGUACGCGACCCUGCUUGACGCGAACAACGACCUGAAAGCGCAAGUGCAAAGCGCGGAAUCCCAGAUUGACAAGCUGCGGCAAGACCUGCGCACGUUCAAAACCGAGAUGGAAAACACAAUCUUGGUUCAAAACAGCGAGAUCCACGGGUACGUGCGCGGAAUGGAACGAACGGACGAUUUGCGUCGUCACGAACAAACGACGUAGCCACCAGCAACACUUGGAGAAGAUUCGCGGGGAAACGUUUCAGCUCGACUUGGACCGUGGCCGCGACGACCGGGUCUCGAACGGCCGGAGCCGCGAGUCGGGGCAAAUCGUCCUCGCCAUCAAGAACCUGUACAACCGAUGCCGCACGAGUGGAAAGAUCCCUCCCGUGAAGGAAACCCCCGGCGAAACCAUGGUGUACAUGACCGCGAUCCUCAAAGUUGUCGCCGAGCGCAUCGUGGACCUCGACUUUAUCACGGCAUCGUACGCAGGUGGCAGUGCUGGCGGCGGUCCCGUCGUCGACGCCACUGGCGCAUCCAACCCAAGACAUGGCAAGUCCAAGAAGCAGCCCCCAGUCACAUAAUAACUACUGAAACUUGUCAAUGACAUUAGUUGCGGCCGUCCACCAAAGCCGUGGUACGGUAAAGUUGGGAGAAUUAGGUGGCCAGCCUCCGAUCAUGAAGAUCCAGGACGGGGAUUGUGCCGUGUUGUGGAGGAGGCGUGCUCACGUGGACGCGUUUGCGCGCUGACACCAGCCAUGGAGCGUCAUGGAUCAAAAUGGCGUCGCAUAAGUUGAGCCGUUGAUGGGGCGGAAGUGGGGAUCUCGAUGAGGGGAAUUUUCCCAGGGAGAGGCGGGGAC